GGGCCGACUACUGGUCAACAUCCUCAUCCCUCCCCACAUGGCUUCUCGCUCCGACGUUGUGGACCACUUCAAGCGCAAGUUCUAUCAGCGCUACAUCGAUCCUGAUCUUGUGGUGGAGGCAAUGACUUCAACUGGUUCAUCUCAAUCAACAAAACCUUCUUCAUCCUCCUCCACAUCAUCAGCAACUUCAAAUGACCAAACUCGACAACGGAACACAGGGUCAACUACAAGGACCUCUGGGACAUCAGCAAGUGCAGGUCCAAAUACUAGUCCUACUUCUGUCCGCUGGGAUCGACAAACUAUUCAAUUUUCUGUCAAUGCUUGGGUUUUUGUUGUGGCUGUGCUUGCAAUCAUUCCUCUUGUACCCAAAAAUCUUUCAAAUAGGGCAUAUCGGUUGUCAUUUAUGGGCACUGCUUGUUCAUCACUGUAUUCUUUAUACACACUUUAUGGGAGACCAAGGGCUUGGAAUUUGCCGGCUUUGCAAGCUUAUUUUCAGUCAAUAAUUGCAACCAAAGACUUUAUAUACUUCAUCUACUGUCUUACAUUUGUCACUUCACAUCUUUGCCUCAAAUUUGCUUUAAUUCCGAUUUUAUGCCGAGCACUGGAGCAGGUUGCAAAGUUUUUAAGGCGCAAUUUCACUCGUUCCACCUUAUACAGGAAGUAUCUUGAAGACCCAUGUGUGUGGGUGGAAUCAAACACAACUACCCUGAGCAUUCUUUCCUCGAAUGCUGAAAUUGGACUUGGCUUCCUUUUAAUAAUCUCUUUGUUCUCGUGGGAGCGCAACAUAAUACAAACUUUCAUGUACUGGCAGCUUUUGAAGCUGAUGUAUCAUGCACCUGUGACUGCUGGUUACCAUCAGAGUGUCUGGGCCAAGAUUGGAAGGACUGUGAAUCCACUUGUUCACCAAUAUUGCCCAUUCUUGAAGACACCAAUUUCUGCUGCUCAAAGAUGGUGGUUGAGAUAGAUAGGCAAAGUUGAAAAUAGGAAGCGAAAAAGAAUUAUUCAUCUUGGAAUUUUCUCUAUCUUUUAUUGGCAUUAAAUUUGGAAGUGAGGCACUAACUUCAG